AUGGAGUAUUUAAAUUACACACAAUGCAAAGUGGAGCAUGCGGGUCCAGACAUUUAUGAAGUGACCAUCGCGAUUGCAAUGCAUUCAGGGCCAGUAAAUAAUGCAUCGUUUGUAGGCACUAUUGUGAAGAGCGGCUAUGAGGAUCGCAAGCCUUUGGUGGAAUAUAAAAUCGAUUGGUGUGAAUUUCUUCGUUCCAAACGUCGGAAUUUCUUCGCCAAAUUUGUCUAUCGUAUUUUGGGGAUCGAGCAGUACAGUAAUAUAAAUCACAGUUGUCCAUAUGAUCACGAUUUAACCCUUGAUCAUUACCCAUUUAAUGGCAAAGCGAUGGCUAAAGUGGUCCCAUUUGGCAAUGGUAAAUUCACUUUUAAUACAAAAUGGUACACCUAUAAUAUAUUGAGAGCUGUGGUGAACAUACGCUACCAAACGUUUGACAGAUAA